UCCCUGCCUCUUGCACAGGGGCGGCUCCUGUUAUGUAAUAUCAGCAGCCCCCAGUGAGGCGAGGCGAAGCGCACACACUGUACAUCUCUGGCCACCUGGAGUCUGUGGGACUGCAAUGGAGCAGCAAUGGAGGCACCCUGAAGCCCCUUAAAGAGGGGAACUGUGCUCACACCUUGGGAAAAUUGGGGGUCCUUUCUCCUGCACGUUCUGGAGGGAAAGCUGUCUCUUCCCCACACCCCCAAGCUGCACACCUGGCUAGGCAGCUAGGAAUUCCAGCAGGAGCGAAGGGUUGCAUACAUGGAUGGGUGUGCUGCCCUUUAUCCUUGCGACAGCCCUGUGAGAUAGGGGAACAGAGUGGGCACCCUUGUGGCUUCAUGAAUGUCUGAUCCAGGCAGCUGCACGCUGCAGAUUCACAGAGCCGGCUCUGAGAACUUUGCUGCCACGGCUGAUUUUGGGGGAACCCUGCUGGAGCAGGUGCUAGGCAGGGUACGGCCUGACAAAAUGCCUCCCUGCCCACCCCAGCAAGGAUGGGCCCGGGGUACCUUUCUCCCCUUGUACAACCCCCUGGCAGCCGGGGAACCUGGCUCACAGGGAGAGAUGGAGCUCACCUGGCAAGAAAUCCUGUCCAUUUCAGAAUUGCAGGGCCUCGAUAUUCCAAAUGAAAGUUGCUAUGACCCUACUGCAUGUGGUCAUGCCCAACAGAUGGUACCACCUCCUGGCUAUGGGCUAUGCACAGGGAUGGGAGACAGCUCAGGUUCCAGCUACAGUCAUCCUACUCCAGCAUAUGAGCGUCCAUACCCAGAAACUCUACCAGCCUCUUGUACUCUCUACAGCUACACCAGCAUGCUGAUCUCACCCUCCCUUGAGCCUCCAGGAACUGUCACCCUGGGUGGAUAUAAAGGAGUGCCAGAGAUGGUGCUGGAGAGGGACUUGACCAGUAGCUAUGGAGCCCAGGGACCUUGCAAGCCCCAGGAAGACCUGGAAUCAGACUCUGGGUUGUCACUUAACUACAGUGAUGCAGAGUCCUUGGAGGCAGAGGGGCUGGAGCGAGCGGAGUAUACUCCUCUCUACCCCAUGGACCAGAUAACAGCAUACCCCAUGUUGACCCCUGUGCCAGAGAUGACCUACCUUGAGCCACACCCAGAACAUUCUCUGGAGAAGGGACGGAGCCCACGUGGGGAACUGGCUGGCAGUCGGGAUGAACGUCGGGCCCUAGCCAUGAAAAUCCCCUUUGCUGUUGACAAGAUCAUCAACCUGCCUGUGGACGACUUCAAUGAGCUGGUGUCCCGCUUCCCGCUGAGUGAACCUCAACUAGCACUGAUCCGGGACAUCCGUCGCCGUGGCAAGAACAAAGUGGCGGCUCAAAAUUGCCGCAAGCGCAAACUAGAGACCCUGGUGCACUUGGAGCGAGAGCUGGACGAGCUGAGCCGUGAGCGGCAGCGCUUGUUACGGGAUCGCGGAGAGUUUAACAGGACUCUGACAAUCACCAAGCAGAAGCUGGGGGCUCUGUACCACCAGGUUUUUUGCAUGUUGCGUGACGAAGCUGGGAACACCUACUCCCCUGAGGAGUAUGUGCUGCAGCUUACUGUGGAUGGCGGGGUCUUCCUUGUGCCACGCAACAAGCAGCCUGACAAUGCCACUGGCUGAAUAGAACAGGCUGCGGUGGGAACUGAAUGGAGCCAUUUGACCCAACAGAAGUGACCCUGCACCCUUUUCAAGAGUCACAUAAAAUAUCUGCUGCCUUAGGGCUUGAGACUACCCAAAUUUAAUAGUUCAAAUUUGAAACUCCAAGCCAUAUGGCACUUGAUCAUCAACCUAGUCCAACCGACACCUCACUUUGGUUAGUUUGAAUGUUUACUUAAUCCCUGCACAUGAUCUUUAAAGUCUGAGGGUUUUAUAGAAGAGUAUUUCCAAACCCUUGCUAUGGCUUUAAAGUGUCUGUCCACUCCCACCACACUUCCCAGUUUUCCUGAUUUUUUUUUUAUCAGAACUCUUGUAACUUAGUUCCCUGUACAGAUGCAUUUGCGUUGUGUCAAAGGAAAGGCACUCUACAUGUACUCAGAAGUACCUUCCUUAUAUAAUACUUCACAUUUCUUUAAAAGGUGCAUAGCUAAAGGCAGGAAGGAAUAAUGCUUAGCAGGCAAGUCUAGGAGGGAGGCUGGGGCUGUAGGAUCAAGAUUAACAUUAUCCAAAAGAGAUCUCAGUUUUUCUCUGGACAAUGCGUUCACUAAAGAUGCUCUCAUGAAUCCCAAGCAUCAAGUUUAACCCUUUGCCAACUACCAUCUCAAAUAUGUGCAAUCCCUUUUCAGCAGUAGCCAGGGCCAUAUUCCUCUAGAGCAACCAGGAUUGGCUAGAGCUCCAGAAACUAAAAUAGUUGGCUGCAAAGGCUACUUUGGAAGUUUGAUCCUUUUAAUCAGAGGCUACAUAAAAGGCUGAAAGGUAUCUGUACAAAGGCAACCAAUGUUUUAUAAGAAUUUAGGAUCUGUAUUGUGUCAAUCCAACACAUUUGUAUUUAUUUUAAGUCUCAGGAAGGGGUAAAGAGCUAUACAAGGCAUAACUAGCAACCCAUCUCUACAAAAUUUAUUCUGUAACCCCCAAAUUCUGAGAUUAACAAAUUACCAUGUUACCUAAUUUAGGGAACCUGGGCUGUGGCUCAAGAAAUCCAAGCGUUUAUACAGAAAACAACAACACCCCAAAGUGAAUCUCCAUAAAAGAACCUGAAGGUGGUGCGUGUGGUCUCAAGACAAGUAAACAAUAUUAUGGGUCUCAGACAAAUUUGAAUAGCCUUGGCUAUGAUAGCCCUCUAUGUUUUACAUAGAUGGAUCUCGAAUACAAACAACACUCUAAAAUGUCUCAUACCAGAGAGCAUGUAAGUUUAUUAAAUGUAAAACAGGACACCUGCAUCCAACAAAGGAGAUGUAUUGCAGAGUUGUUUUGCACAAGACCUGAAGAUGCUGCAGGUGCUACUGAUAGUUUGCCUUACCAGGACAACUAUGACGCCAAAAUAGGCCUAGCCUUCAAGGCAUUUUCCUUCACUAUAUAUUUGUAAAUAGUUGCACUUAUUCUUUGUACAGAAUAAACUCCAGGCUAACUGGCUAAAUCAUG